AUGGCGACAGCCCUGUCAGUCCGGCCCAGCCGCGCUAUUUUGGGCGGAGACCCGUUUUACCCUACACGGUCUAGACCUCGCCGGCUCGACGCACCGGCCGUAAUUAAGAUACUCAAGUCCCACCACCGCUACCCGUGGGGACAACGGCGCAUGUUAGCGACGGCGGUUCGAGCUGGGUCUCGAGCCGAUGACUCGGCGCCGUUUGAGAUGUCAGUGGAAAAUGCUCUCAAAGUGUUGGGCGUCUCUGAGGGAGCUUCGUUCGAUGAUAUUCUCCGAGCCAAGAAUUCAAUCAUUGCUACCUGUAAAGAUGACCAAGAAAUGAUUGCGCAGGUAGAGGCUGCAUAUGAUAUGCUGCUCAUGCAGAGGUUAUCACAAAGGAGAGCAGGGAAAGUUGUAAAUAGCAGUAUCCGUUUUGCCGAUGCAAAACCGGUAAAUGCUCCAAGAAUGGGGUCAAUGCCCAAGUGGCUGCAGACUACUACCAGAAGCUCUCCUAUCUCAGUUGAAGCACCAUCUACCAGCGAGUUAGGUGUGCAAGCUGGGGUCUACGGAGCUUUAAUGGUCUUAACAUAUUUUAAUGGAGCUUCAGCAUCUUCAGUGGCCCCAUAUUCUGGUGCUGAUGUCCCGGGGCUGAUUUUAGCCACUAGUUUCGGAGCAUCCUUGUACUUCUUAACCAAGAAAAAUGUCAAGUUAGGGAAGGCAGCUGUCAUAACAAUAGGAGGCCUUGUGACUGGUGCUGUGGUGGGUUCAGCAGUUGAAGCUGUUGAAGAAGCCCUGGUAGAAAAGCCAGGCACAGACCUACCUAAUCGUUAUGGGAAUUGUUGGAAGUGGAAGUAG